CCAUGCCAUCACCAUACCAAGAUUUGCACACUAUCAAAAAGAGAAAUGUGCAAGCUGAAAAGGAACACAAUACAACAGAGGAGAGCAAGUGCACAGCCUGUCGACGAAGAUGAUCAGCAAGGUAUCCAUGGACUUGGUGCUGGUCCCUUGCGGGCUUGCGAUCAUGGUCGGCUACCACCUCCUCCUCCUCUACCGGAUCCUUCGCCAUCCGCACACCACGGCCAUCGGCUACGAGAACCACAACAAGCUCGCCUGGGUCCAGCGCAUGGCGCAGGCGACGGCGCCGGAGGAGACGGCCCUGGCGCUGAGCGUGAUCUCCGACAACAUCUCGGCGUCCACGACGCUGGCGUCCCUGUGCAUCGCGCUGGGGUCGCUGAUCGGCGCGUGGGUGAGCAGCAGCAGUGCUCCCGUGGCGGCGCUCACGAGCACGGCGGCGGUGAAGUUCACGGCGCUGCUUCUCUGCUUCCUGGCCUCCUUCACCUGCUUCAUCCAGUCGGCGGGGCACUACGUGCACGCGAGCUUCCUGAUGAGCGCGCUGCAGGGCGGGCCGGACGCGCCUCCGGCGAGCCACGCGCAGCGCGCGGUGAUCCGGGGCGGCAACUUCUGGGCGCUGGGCCUCCGGGCGCUCUACUUCGCCACGGCGCUGCUCAUGUGGGUCUUCGGCCCCGUGGCCAUGCUCGCCUGCUCCGUCCUCACCGUCGCCGUGCUGUGCCUGCUCGACACCAGCUCCAUGCCGCCGCACCACCACCAAUACCUGCCUCGGUCCACGGCCAGAUCGAGGGCUGCCCGCGAGCGAAGCCAGAGCCUCGGCGCGCUGUUUUAGCCGGCGUGCUAUCCCAAUUGACAGUGGAGACAAUUGCUCGUGCAUGAUGUUGAAAUAUACAGUAUAUUUUUUCUUAGUAAAAUGAGUGCUGAGCUAUCUUGGCAAAUUUCUGGAUUGUAGAAAAAUAAAUGGAUAUAUUUCUUGAUGCUUCACAAAUCUAUGUUUUUCAUCAGU